AUGCUGAUUACGUCUGUGACGUUCUGGACUGACAAUGUUGAUACGUUCGGCAACCUUGCAGCGGAGGUUGGAUGUACCGAAGUGUACGCGGCUGCGGUUUAUGCAAAAUGGUCAAUCUGGCUAAGUCACUCGCGGGUUUCUAAGAAAAUUUGUCCAUCUGUUUCUCGACUUGCUUUAAUCGUGCCGCACCAGCGAGUUGCAAUAGUUGUGAAGCCGGGCAAUUUAAUGGCUAUUGUUUCUGGUAGCCAUUUUCGUGGCGAGGCUUUGUAG